AAACCGAACAAAUCUUUUACUGUAUUUUCUGUUUGCACCAGCUGAGUUCUGAGUUCUGACUCAUUUCUAAGUCGUAUAUUUACAGCUGCCACAAUCAUUGGUGCACAAUUGUUUCCCACACCAAAUUCUCAGCUUUCAUUCGUUGAGUUUGAGCCCGUGAAGCUCACGCAAUUCUUGAAAGUGGAAAACGAAAGGAAAAAAAAAAUUCCAAAACCCCCACUCAAAAAAAAAAAAAAAAAAAGCAUAAAAUUUAUGCACCCAAUACCCUCUUAAAUCCUCUCAUUCUUACUUUUAAUCUUAAUCUUUGGAGGGCCAAAAUCUUCAUUCAAACCCAGUGACUCAGAACACCAUGACAGAUCAUCAAGAGCCAAUGAUAAAAAAUGGGACUUUGAGUAACCAGUCACUAAUUGGAAAACUCAACCAGUGGCAAUGGUGGAUUUUGGUGGGGCUAAACAUUUUCUUCCUCAUUGUGGGCCAAGCUGCUGCUGUUCUUCUUGGGAGGUUUUAUUAUGAUCAGGGUGGCAAUAGUAAAUGGAUGGCUACUCUUGUCCAAACUGCUGCCUUUCCAAUCCUUUUGAUCCCCUUCUUUUUUAUUCCUUCCUCCAAGGAGCCUUCAAAUUCUUCAGCCCCACCCUCUUUUAAAAUUCUUGCCUCAAUCUACUUCUCUCUUGGAGUGCUCAUAGCUGGUGACAACAUGUUGUAUUCUGUUGGACUCUUGUACCUCUCUGCCUCUACUUACUCCCUCAUAUGUGCAACCCAAUUAGCUUUUAAUGCGAUUUUCUCUUACUUCAUCAAUUCUCAGAAGUUUACUGCUUUAAUUUUUAACUCUGUGGUUAUCCUUUCAUUUUCUGCUGCCCUGGUUGGAAUUAAUGAUGACACUGAUGGACCAUCCCGAGUUUCCAAGUGGCAAAAAGUAAUUGGCUUCCUCUGUACCCUUGGAGCUUCUGCACUUUACUCUCUUUUGCUUUCCCUGAUGCAGCUUUCCUUCCAAAAGGUUCUGAAAAAGGAAACAUUUUCAGUGGUUCUGGAAAUGCAAAUCUAUACAGCACUUGUUGCCACUUGUGUUUCUGUUGUUGGUCUUUUUGCAAGUGGGGAAUGGAAGACUUUGCAUGGGGAAAUGGUUGCUUUUUCUGCGGGGAGAGUUUCUUAUGUUAUGACCUUGGUUUGGACAGCGGUGGCUUGGCAGGUUUGUUCUGUAGGUGUUGUGGGAUUAAUUUUUGUGGUGUCGUCUCUUUUCUCCAAUGUAAUCAGUACUGCCUCUUUGGCUAUUACUCCUGUUGCUUCCGUGAUAGUGUUCCAUGAUAAGAUGAAUGGCAUCAAGGUAAUUGCUUUGCUUUUGGCUAUUUGGGGUUUUGUAUCUUAUAUUUACCAGAAUUAUCUUGAUGAUUGUAAGGCAAGGAGAACCCGGAACAAUGAUAGUGAAUCUCAAACUGGCCCUCUAUGUUGAUGGGUUUGGACUUUGGAAAUUUCCUAGAAACUGACUCUCAUGGAUGAUCUUUAAUUAUUUGUCCUCCCCCGCUGUGAACACUACCAGCCUCAGAAUAAAGCGUAUUUUUUACAGGUUUA